AUGACCAAAAAACUUUCCCUAAAAAACGUAAUUCAAAGCUUCGUAAAGGACGCAGAAUCAAAGGCUAUCAGUCAAAUCGAAAAAAAACUUAGACAUGCGAGAGACACGGCUUCCGAGGAUUUAGACAUUAUAGAAAUAGACCUACCACCGAUUAAAACUAAAAAACGCGAAAAAGUUCUCGAAGCUAUACACACCGUUUUUCAAGCCGAAAGAAUUGAUAAUAAGCUGUUUAUCAAACGCGACGGUUAUGGGAAAAUACUCGUACAUAAACGUUUGGUGAAUUCAAUCAACACACAACUUCCAAGUUGGGAGGUGCUGAGUGAUGCGAUAGCUGUAGUUAAUAGGAACGAAUUUCGACCUGACGUAGGGGGAUGGAAUCAAAAACCAACGUUUGCGGAAAGGUUCCAGCCUAUAAUCAAUCGAACUCCACCUCCAUUAUUAUGGAUCGAGGUAGCGUUCGAUCGGGGUAACGAUCGUGAUAAUGCCUUAAACAAGAUCGAAUAUCUUCAGCGAUAUUGUCCAAACACAGAGUUUGUGUUGAUCGUAAUUCCUUAUCGAUCGCCCUUUCCAGAAAACCCAAACCCUGAUGCUACCUCUGUCGUAGCAACGGCAUCUGCAAGGAGUUCUUUAGAAGUGCCAUAUCUUGGUCAUUGGGGCAUAGGCGUGGCUUUCGAUGCAGCGCUAUGGUACACAAUGCAAUGGAACAAACACAUAGUUCUUGAGUGUGGACCAAACUUGUAUUUUAACGAAGUACUUGGCUGCUUGCAAUGA